ACAGACAGCUGAGCGUAGAAACCCCAGAGGACGAUACUGGCUAUGUCCUAAGAGAAUGCCCAGCGCCUUUAGAUUUAUUUGAAAUCGGGCAUCUGCAAGGACACGUAUUUCCGGGUCCUCCAUGGGCGGAGCUCAGAAAAGCCCCGCUGGCGGGUCCUGCUGUCCCGUUAGUUAUUCUGCAAACGGGUUGGAGUGCUACUCCGGUAACCCUCGUGAACAAAGGGACUGAUUCGGCGUGUGCUGUACAGCAUUAUUCCCCUUCACGAGUUUUUGUUCUGUGGAUGACAGAAACCACGCCGGUUUUGAUUGCCUGAAGCUGUGCUUCGAGGAAUUGGGACACUGAUGGACACCAGAGGCCCAGGCUGCCUGCCAGAGAGUCGAGAAUGAAACAGCUUGAGUCUGGGCAAUGGGGCUAGGCCAGCCUGUGGUCGCCCACGUCUCCAGGGACGUCAGGCCUCACUUCCUCCCUGCCCCGAUUUCUGUUUCGCAGGUUCUGCAAGGGAGCUUUGAGUGACCACAGGCCUCCUUGCACCAGAGACUGCUGUGAUUUUAUUAGGUUUUGGAGGCAAGGAUGCCCGCGAAAAGGCCCCUAAAUGCAACGGUUAUCUCGAGUGCCAAAAGGGAGCGUAAAGCAAUUACCCUCGACAUAAAAUUAGAAGUGUUAAGACGAUUUGAAGUGGGUGAAAAGCUCAGCCAAAUCGCAAAGGCCUUAGGCCUUGCUGUCUCCACAGUGGCGACAAUCCGAGAUAAUAAAGAAAAAAUCAAAGCGAGUUCACAAAUAGCUACUCCCUUAAGAGCCUCUCGGUUGACUCGCCAUCGAAGUGCAGUCAUGGAGACCAUGGAGCGGUUGUUGCAUGUGUGGCUUGAAGACCAGAGCCAGCGAAACAUGCCACUGAGUGUCACCAUUAUUCAGGAAAAGGCUAAGAGUUUGUUUGAUGACUUACAGCGAGAACACGGCGAAAGCUCUCAAAAAGAAAAGUUUAGUGCAAGUAAAGGCUGGUUUGUGAGAUUCAAGGAGCGCCAUUGUUUGCCCCACUUCAAGAUAGACAGCAUAGCUCCUGGCAACAAGGACACAUACCCAGAAGUGCUGAAAAGCAUCAUCGAAGAAGGUGAGUACACCCCCCAGCAAGUUUUUAAUGUAGAUGAGACAGGGCUUUAUUGGAAGAGAAUGCCUGAACGAACAUUUAUUUCUGUGGAAGAAAAGGCUGAGCCAGGGUUUAAGUCAUCCAGAGAUCGCUUGAUGCUGCUUCUUGGUGGCAAUGCAGCUGGGGACUUUAAGUUGAAACCCUUAUUGGUGUACCACUCAGAAAACCCCACGGCUCUGAAGGGGUACUCCAAGCCCAAUCUGCCAGUGAUCUGGCGCUCAAACAAAAAGGCCUGGGUGACCAGGAGCAUUUUUCAUGAAUGGUUCACAUCCUUUUUUUGCCCUGCCGUUGAGAAAUACUGUGCCCAAAAUAAUUUAACCAACAGAGCGUUGCUCAUCCUAGACAGUGCACCAUGCCACCCAGCGAACUUGAGUGAUCUGUCCGAUAACGUGAGAGUGGAGUAUCUUCAUGACAGUAUAGCGGACUCAGUCCAGCCCAUGGGCCAGGGUGUAACUUCUACCUUCAAAGCUCAUUACCUGAGAAGGACUUUUGAGCACAUCCUAGAAGCAACAGACGGGGAGGACACAGCUGUGAUCAGGGAGUUUUGGAGGAACUACAACAUCAUGGAUGCCAUGGACAACAUUGCAGUAGCGUGGGAGGCACUCAGACCAGCAACGAUGAACAGCGUGUGGGAGAAAAUUUGGCCCCAGUGUGUUCAGUCUCAGAGUGUGUCCCAAACAGAUAACAUUGCACGGCUUCGACGGAACAUUGUGACCCUUGCCAGGACUGUUGCUUUUGAAGAGAUCGUAGAAGCUGAUGUGGACCAGUUGCUACAGUCCCAUGAGGAGGCGCUCUCCAAUGAGGGACUGAUGCAGCUGGACCAGGAGCCAGCGGGACAGGAGGGGAGUGAGGACGCUGCACCUGCCCUGCGCCAGCUCACUACGAGACAGCUCGCGGCCGCCUUCUCACACUUUGAGGCUGGCUUGCAGGUCCUUACCAGUUGCAGCCACGAUGAUGAGUGGAAACUGAAAGUCUCAAGAGCAAUCAAUGAUGCAGUAACCUGCUACAGGGAAUUGUACAGUGAGAAAAAGCGGCGCUCGAAGCAACCGUCUUAGGUGGUUUUUCAGUGUGUGUAAGUCGCAGCGGAUCAGGAAGCCGGAAACGAGACCGCGGGUGAGGCCCAGCCACGCCUCCGCUCCCAGGCGUUGAGUGUCCCCGGAACCCCUGCUUCUGGUGUUUUCAUUUUGACGCUUGAGAGUAUCAAAUUUUGUCAUUAAAAUUGUAUUUAAACAUGUUCUUUAAAAAAAUUGCAUGUUAGAAUGUCCAGGAAAACGUUUCUUUAAAAACCAAAGUGAGGAAACCAGCCCUUCUAGACAUUAAAAUACACUGUAAAGCAUCUGUAAUUAAAGCAGCGUAAUAGUUAGACCUGUGGGGUAAAAUGGGAAGUCCAGAAAUAGGUUCAGAUAGACUUUUUGGAAAAUAGUGCAGGACAACUUGUUAACCAUUUGGAAAAAGAUAAAAUUAGAUCCAUAUCUCACAGCACACACAAGAAUACAACAGAUCAGGGGUCUACACGUAAAAACUGAAACCACAGAAGUACUGCCAGUACGGGCCGAUGCCUCGGACCUGGGUGUGGGGAAGGUUUUCUGUGACUCCAAAUCCAGAUGAAAUAAAAAGCUUAAUUUGGCCAUAUAAAAACAUAAACAAAACAAAACCUUUCUGGGGCAGGCGGGUGGGGAGGGGUGAACACUACAAACAAGGUCAAAGCCAAUUGACAAACUGGAAGGAAUAUAUUUCCAACAUAUCUCAUAUGGGCUAAUAUCCCUGAUACAUGAAGAACUUGUGAAGAUUGAGAAGAAAAAAAGACCAAAAAUCCAACAGAAAAGGACAGAAUAUGUGAUUCAUAAAUUAGAUCUUGAAACAAAAAAGAAAUUUGACCUCACUCAUAAUUAGAGAAAUGCAAAUUAAAGAUACACAGAUACCAUUUCUCACUAAUCAGAUUGGUAAAUAAUCAGAAAGCAUGACUGCACAUUCCGUCGGUGAGGUAGUGGGGUAACUCUCAAAGGUGCUCUCAAUAUGUUGCUGGUGGGAACAUAAACUGGUAGAACCCGGUGGAGGGGCAUUAGACACCAAUAAAAAAUAGAUGUUUUUUGAUUUGGGAAGCCCACCUUUAGGGUUACACUCUAAAUAUACACCUCCAACAAAAGAAAAUGCACGAGCACAGAUUAUCGCUGCCUUGUUUGUAAGUGCAAAAGCUGGGACAUGCCCUGAAAGUUCCUAUGUGGAAGAGGUGUCGACCGGAAUGGCAGCGCCGCACAGUCGGGUGUGUGACAGAUGUAAGUGGCGUUGACGGAGGUGGAACAGGAAGGAGCCUGAACUGAUGGGGACUCGUUCCCAGGGCAUGUUAUUAAUUGAAAAAUCAACACACGAGAGUGUAUGUAGUGUGCUACCUUUGUGGAGAAAAGGGGAAAUAAAAUAUAUACAUGUAUCUUACUAACUUGUGCAAAAAGAAACAUGGAAAGAGAAACCAGAGACUAGGGUCCAAGGAACGGAGAGGUGGAUGACACGUGGCUGAGGAUCUUUUGUAAAGUUCUGACUUUGGGAACCAUGUUAAUAUAUCACACAAACAAAAAUAAACAAGGAUAGGGAAGUAAAACAUGAAAUGGAAGAUGCGAACAGAACCGUAUUUCACAUUAAUUACCACAGUGAAGCAGGGGACACACCCAAGUAAAUUUGGAACAGUGCAUUUUUACUGGAUGGCCUCAGCUAACGACAAAAAGGAACUCUAGGCGAAGAUGAAAGUCUAGUGGGCUGCUUUUUAGCAAUCCUGAAAGUACUUUGUGUGUUUGAGGGUUGAGCAAGUAGAUACGUUGUGGAUAAUGGGGCCAGGUUUCUCACUGGCAAGGAAGGGAGUCACAAAUAUGCAAACGGGAGAAAAAGAAUCUUGUGCUGUUUUGAAAUUGGAAGUAUCUGUGAAUUCAUGGCUUUUAAUGUGUUUAUGGACAAACAUAUAGAUGGAGGGGUACUAGGAUGUGGAAACAGUGGCAGCUCUGUGGUAAUGGGCAUAGCAUCCCCAGCGACCACAUCCUGUUCACUGAACACCAUUCUCCACUGAAAGGUACUGGGCUCUGUGGAGAAAUGGCUGGUUUGGGGGCCGGGGCUGGGAAAGCACAGGAUAAGCUGAGAACACCUUGUGAUGCUAGAGAGCGAGCAAGUACCUACAGGAUGACAAGACACCGGAGACAGGUCCAAGCCAGCAUCUCCACAAACAGGACAGGUGACAUGCUGAGGAGGACAUGGCAUCACCUCUGUGGAAUUCCCACCGAAAGCCCGAAUCCAAUCAGAACCCACAUCGAAGGCCACUCUUCAAAACGUUUAGCCUGGGCUGCUCCGAUAUGUCAGUGUCACGUAGCCUCCCAGAUUUAGGAAGGUUGAAGAGACGAAAAGUGCAGGGCAAGUUCCGAACGUGGGUAGUCGUAGGAAUAAUGGUGUUGCAUCAAUGUUGAUUUCCUGGUGUUUUUGGUAAUUGCACUGUGUCCAUGUAAGAUAUCAUCCUUGUUUGCGAGUGAUACUUGUCACUAUUCAGAGAUGAAGGGGCAUCAUCUCUGCAACUUACUGUCAAAUGAUUCCAAAAAAAAAAAGUGUGUGUGUGGAGAAAGUAUAAAGUGAAUGUGUCAAAAUGUUAGCAUUUCGGGAAUCCAGGCGAUGGAUUCAUUUCUGUAAAUCUAAGUUUGUCAAAAUAAAAAUGUUAAAAGAA